AUGAUUGAAGAGUCUCGAGCGGCGCUUGCAAACGUCAAAGCAGCAGCUGACACACCGCCAAGGGGAUGGCCUCCUGGCCUAAUCUACAUCCGUGCCCCAGUUCAUUCUCGAGCUCUUACAAACGACGCUGAGACUCUGUGCAGCCUCUUCAACGUCAAAGACGCGACUUCUCUAUCGUCUAGGCUACGCCAGGUGUCCAGAACGGGCCCGUCGCCCACCAAAAUCCAAGCAAUCAAAGGCCCAUCACAUCCUGCAUAUGGUCAAAACGGGCUUUUCGCCUCUCGUUCACUUCCGCCUGGUGCACAUGUACUAGACUAUCUAGGGCUCUACCAUCUCUCUGCAGAGAACGACACAGACCUUACCUCAGACUAUGAUCUCGCCUUGCGCGACGGUAGCCGCUGUCUCUACCUCGGUAUAGACGCCAGCAAGCUUGGCAACGAAGCACGCAUGAUGAACGACUAUCGCGGUGUUGCCUCUGCACCAACUUGUGUCUUUCGGACGCAUACAUUGAAUACAGGUGAACUCAGAAUGGGUGUGUUUGUGGUGGAAGAUGGUAAGCGGAAGAAGGGACUGGCUAAGGGAGACGAGAUUUUAGUCAGCUAUGGCAAGGGCUUUUGGAAGGCUCGCCAGUCGGACUAG